AUGGCCCAGGGCGCCAAGCCCGGCGAGGGCGGCGAGCUGCCCGGCCCCAAGGUGAGCGAGGAGAUCGGCCGGACGCGUCAUUCCGUGGCUGGCGUGGGCCUCAUUUCACCGCCGCCCCACCACGACAUCUACUCCAUCGAGGAUCUGGCGCAGCUCAUCCACGACCUCCACUGUGCCAAUAUUCGCGCGACGGUGAGCGUCAAGCUGGUGUCGCAGGUCGGCGUCGGGGUGGUGGCCGCGGGCGUCGCCAAAGCUCAUGCCGAUCAUAUCGUCAUCUCCGGCCAUGAUGGCGGCACCGGCGCUUCCCGCUGGACCGGCAUCAAGUACGCCGGCCUGCCGUGGGAGCUGGGCCUGUCGGAAGCGCAGCAGUGCCUGGUGAUGAGCGGCCUGCGCGACCGCGUGGUGCUGCACGUCGACGGCGGCAUACGAACGGCGUUCGACGUCGUCGUGGGCGCUCUGCUUGGAGCCGAAGAGUUCGGCUUCGGUACCGUGCCGCUCAUCGUGCUCGGCUGUAUCAUGAUGCGCAAGUGCCAUCUCAAUACGUGCCCGGUGGGCAUUGCCACGCAAGACCCGGUACUGCGGGCCAAGUUCAAGGGCCAGCCCGAGCACGUCCUCAAUUUCUUCUUCCUCAUCGCCGAAGAGGUGAGGAAUUACAUGGCAGCCAUGGGUUUCCGCACCAUGGACGAGAUGAUUGGUCGUACGGACAUGUUGGAGGUGUCCGGCGAGAAUGAAGCCCGCGUGGCCGACCUGGGACUCGACCUCUCUCCGCUUCUCGCCGACGCGGCCACCCUGCGCCCGGGGGCCGGCAUCCGCUUCAAGCCGUCGAACAAGUCGCGACCGGCGGACCACGUCGACGCCGCGAUCACCGCCUCGCUGGACAAGGUGGCGAGCUCCGACCCCAACACUACGAAGGAGCCCAUUGCCAUCGACCUCAACGUGGAGAACACGUCGCGGAGCGUGGGCGCCACGGCCAGCUACCACGUCUCCCGACUCUUCGGACCCGACGGCCUGCCGCACGGCCAGGAGGUGGCGGUGAGCCUGCGCGGCAGCGCGGGCCAGAGCUUCGGCGCGUUCCUGGCGUCGGGCGUGCGGAUGGAGGUGGUGGGCGACGCCAACGACUACGUGGGCAAGGGCCUCUCCGGCGGCACCCUGGUGAUCCGCGGCCACGGCGAGGCCAUGAUGGGCGUCACCGCCGGCAACGCUUGCCUGUACGGCGCCACGUCCGGCCGCCUCUUCCUGCAUGGCCGCGCCGCGCAGCGCUUCGGCGUGCGCAACUCGGGCGCCGUGGCCGUAAUCGAGGGCGCCGGCGACCACUGCUGCGAGUACAUGACCGGCGGUAUCUGCGUGGUGCUGGGCAAGGUGGGCAAGAACUUCGCCGCCGGCAUGACCGGCGGGCUGGCCUACGUGUGGUGCCCCACCGGCGGUGGCGAUCAGGACCGCGAGGCGGACUUCCGGCGCCAGUGCAACAUGGAGAUGGUGUCGCUCUACAAGCUGAACGAAGUCGAGCCAGCCGACGCGGAGCAGGUGCGGGCGCUCAUCCAGCAGCACGCCGACUACACCGGAUCCCGCGUAGCCGCCGAGCUCUUGGGCAGGUGGCCCGAGGCGGUUGGUGAGUUCAUCAAGGUGUACCCGAACGACUACCGGCGUGUGAUGGAGGAGCGCCGCUGGGAAGGCGGUCUCGCCAGUGUCCAGAAGCCGCCCACACCCGCCCAACAGCCCAAGAACGAACUGGUGGACCAGCAGCACAAGAAGGUGGGCGACAUCGAAGAUAUGAUCGAAAAGUACAAGAACGUGGUUCCCACGGGCACCGAGGCCAAGAUCCGCGGCUUCAUGCGGUAUCCGCGCAAGAAGCACGCGCUCCGGCCGACCAAGGAGCGGGUCAGCGACUUUGGCGAGAUCUUUGUGGCGCACGCCGACGCCGAUGGACCCGUGCACGAGGAGGAGAAAAAGACGCAGGCCGCGCGUUGCAUGGACUGCGGCGUUCCCUUCUGCCAAUCCGAGACUGGCUGUCCGAUCUCGAACCUGAUCCCGGACUUCAAUGCGCUGGUGUACGCGGACAAGUGGGAGGAGGCGUACCGAGUCCUCAGCAAGACCAACAACUUCCCCGAGUUCACCGGCCGCGCCUGUCCCGCUCCCUGCGAGGGCGCCUGUGUGCUGGGAAUCAACUCGUCCGCAGUCACGAUCAAGGAUCUCGAACACGCGGUGAUCGGGAGCGGUCCGGCGGGACUGGCGGCCGCCGAUCAGCUCAACAAGGCGGGCUACCUCGUGACCGUCUACGAGCGAGCCGAUCGACCCGGCGGCCUGCUCAUGUACGGCAUUCCCAACAUGAAGAUCGACAAGCGGCAGGUGGUGGAGCGUCGCCUGCGGUUGAUGGAGCAGGAGGGCGUCAAGUUCGUCACGGGCGUAAGCGUGGGCCAGCCGGGCGCCGUGUCCCUGGGCCAGCUGCGCGCCCAGUUCGACGCCGUGCUGCUGGCCUGCGGCGCCACCGCCGCGCGCGACCUCCUCUCGACGCCCGGCCGUCAGCUGCAGGGCAUCCACCAGGCCAUGGAGUACCUCACCGCCUCGACCCGCGCCCUGCUGGCCGAUGAGAAGCAGCGGUCCACGAUCGACGCCAGGGGCCGCCAUGUGGUGGUGAUCGGCGGUGGAGACACGGGCACGGACUGCAUCGGCACGUCGCUGCGCCAGGGCUGCGCGUCGGUGACCAACCUCGAGAUCAUGCCGCGGCCGCCCAACGACCGGGCCGACGACAACCCGUGGCCGCAGUGGCCCCGCGUGUUCAAGGUCGACUACGGCCACGAGGAGGCCGCCGCGAUCAACGCCAGCGGCGGCGGCGGCGACCCGCGCACGCACCUGACCUCGACCAAGGCCUUCGUGGCCGACGAGGCCACCGGGACACGCGUGGCCGGGGUCAGGACCGUGCAGGUCCGGUGGGACAAGGAGGCCGGCAGCGGUCGGUGGGUAAUGUGCGAGGUGGCCGGCAGCGAGCAGGUGCUCAAGGCCGACCUCGUGCUGCUGGCCAUGGGCUUCGUGGGGCCCGAGAAGGCCGUCGUGGACUCCACUACUACCGGCGAUGAUGAUGGUGAGGCUUGCAAGCCAGAGUUCGACGCGCGGGGCAACUUCAAGGCCGCCUACGGGGCCUUCCACACCUCCGUACCGGGCGUGUUCGCCGCCGGCGACUGCCGACGCGGCCAGAGCCUCAUCGUGUGGGCCAUCAACGAGGGGCGAGGUGCGGCGGCGGAGAUCGAUCGGCACCUGAUGGGCGGCAAGACGGCGCUGCCUGGCGUUGCGCCCAACAAGAAGUGUUGCUAG